CACACAAAAAAAAGAAGAACCAAUAAUGGCUAAAGCAAGAACAAGACCAAUGAAUUCUAGUUCUCUUCUUAAAAUUCUUGAAGUGUUCGCGGUGGCAUUCUUGCUGUUGAUAGCCGUUGAUGGAUCGACGAUGGAGAACGCGAAGGAGAGAGUAAAUCUAGCAGCAGAUGAAGGCAAAAUCAAAGGCUCAGAGACAAUGCAGGAUGCCAUGGAGACCAUAGAGUCCUGGGCUGGGUGGGCCAAGGAGAAAUUAGCGGGUUUGGGGAUUGCCAUGGAUGAUGAUGAAGAAGAGGCAGCCAGGGAUGCAGUGAAAAAGGCACGAGAUAUUGCAGUGAAAACUAAAGAUAUGGUGGCUGAUGUUGCAUCUGGAGCUGCGGACAAGGCUAAGGAGGCUAAAGGUGUGAUGAAGGACAAAGCAGAGGAAGUGAAGGAAACAUUGAAGGACAAGGCGAGCCAUGCUUCAGAAUCAAUCUCCAACUUGUCAGUAGAGGAAGCCGAGACAGCUUAUGAGGGUGCAAAGCAUAAGGCCACUGAAGCCUACGACGCCAUGAGCCAAGGUGCGAAGGAGGCCUACGAGGAUGCUAAGGAGAGAGUAGUUUCGGAUCAAGCCACUGGUAAUCAUGUUGGGGUUCUUAUGAAUCAUGAAGCAGAGGAGCUUUGAGCAGUACCCAAAUCCUUUCUCUUGUUUGAGGAAGGCAACAUUUUGAAUGAUCUGCAGAAAUUGAUAUUUAUUUUGAUUUUGUUGUAGUAUGUCAGGAACAUUUUUAUCUAUCAGAUAUAUGCAAAAAUCCUUUCUCUUGUUUGAGGAAGGCAACAUUUUGAAUGAUCUGCAGAAAUUGAUGUUAAUUUUGAUUUUGUUGUAGUGUG